AUGGAAACGAAUGGAAGAUUAUUGAAAUUGUGGAGUUUCAAACGAACUCGCUUAUUUGUGAAUAGCAAACUAACUGUUGUUGACGCGACGAACUGCACUUCUCAUCAAUCGAUCAAAGAUAAGGAUGAAAGUGAUCCGUAUAUUAUUGGUGAUGCGAAGCUACUCGGAUUUGCUGAUCCGUUCCAAGGCAAUUCUAACAAUUGUAUAAGCAAACAUCAGAUUCCGUGCUAUCCAAACGCUUCAGUAAUGACCCUCAAGGAAAAUAUGCCAUCCCCGGAACGACCGGGUACUAGACCAUCACCAGCCACUGCUUUUUUGUUGAAACAAAUUUCUGAAGCUAAUGUGCCUGAAUCAGGUCAAUUUUACGAAAAGAUAUCACGUGAUAGUGGAAAUGAGAAGAAUCGUUUUCUAAAUUUACCAGCACCAUAUCAUCUAUUACCAGAUACACCUUAUUUUCGUCGAGCGCCAAUUGUGCCUCCACCAACAAGGAGUUUAUCGACAACAGAGCAAAUGCCCAUUCAACAACGUAUUAUUAAUCGCUAUCUGGCAAGCAUGAAAAUUGAUGAUGAAAACGGUUUUGCAGCAAUAGCACGAUAUGAACAAGAAUGCUAUAAACAUUUAUGUGCAUCAUCAUAUUAUCCAUUGUUAACAUUACCGGAACAACAACCCUGUGCUUAUCUAGGAAUGAGAGAGUUCAAAAAAGGUGCAGGAAGAAUAGGAGAUGGCUUUGAUACCGGAUUAAGAAUUGGCAUGGGUGCAAGAAAGCAUACUCUCUCUGCUGAUUUUAUUGAUUCUUCAACAGUGAAAAAUCAAACAGUGAUACAUACCUUAAAUAGCACUAAUAAUGACUGGUCAACAAUACUGUCACCAUGCAAUCAGCAUUACGAAAUAUGGGAUUGUGCCCCACUGUGGACAUGGAAUUUCAAACAAUAG